AUGAUAGCUAACAGUACGAAUAUAAUGCCCCCAAGUUUUUCCACAGCAUCGCUUUAUGUUGGUGAUUUAAGCGAAGAUGUUACAGAAGCUGUUUUAUAUGAAAUAUUUAAUACAGUUGGACAUGUAUUGUCUAUUAGAGUAUGCCGAGAUAGUGUAACACGAAAAUCUUUGGGGUAUGCAUAUGUGAAUUAUCAUAAUUUGGCAGAUGCAGAAAGAGCAUUAGACACUUUAAAUUAUACAAAUAUAAAAGGUCAACCAGCUCGAUUAAUGUGGAGUCAUAGAGAUCCAUCAUUGCGUAAAAGUGGAACUGGGAAUAUAUUUGUAAAAAAUUUAGAUAAAACAAUAGAUAAUAAAGCUUUAUUCGAUACAUUUAGUAUGUUUGGUAAUAUAUUAUCAUGUAAGGUUGCAACAGAUGAGUUUGGAAAAAGUAAGAAUUAUGGAUUUGUACAUUAUGAAGAUGAAGAAAGUGCUAAAGAGGCUAUUGAAAAAGUAAAUGGAAUGCAAUUAGGAUCGAAAAAUGUAUAUGUAGGCCAUUUUAUUAAAAAAUCCGAGAGAGCUACUAAUGAUACAAAAUUUACAAAUUUAUAUGUAAAAAAUUUUCCUGAUACUGUAACUGAAGCACAUUUAAAACAAUUAUUUAGCCCAUAUGGUGAAAUAACAUCUAUGAUAGUAAAAUCCGAUAAUAAGAAUCGAAAGUUUUGUUUUAUUAACUAUUCAGAUGCAGAUAGUGCAAGAAAUGCUAUGGAAAAUUUAAAUGGAAAAAAAAUUACAGAGGAUGGUAAAAUAGAUUAUAAUUAUGAUCCUAAAAAAGAAGAAAGUGAAAAAGCAGCAAAUGAAAAUUAUAAUAAUAAUAAUACUACUUCUGAGGAAAAUGCUACAACAUCUGAAACACCAGCAGAAAAAAAAACAACUGAUUCUGAAUCAGCUACUAAUAAAGAUGCAACACCUGGAGAAGAUCAAACAAGUGCAAAUGGAACAACAACAACUGUAACAUCUACAACAGAUGCAAAAACUGAAGAAACACCCAACGAUAAUACUGCUAAUGCUGGUAUAAAUGCAUCUAUUACUGAAAAAAAAGAUAAAAAAAAAUCUGGAGAAAGCACUGAAACACCAAACAUAUUAUAUGUAGGCCCUCAUCAAUCUAGAGCUAGAAGACAUGCAAUUCUAAAAGCUAAAUUUGAUACAUUAAAUACUGAAAGCAGAAAUAAACAUCCAGGUGUCAAUUUAUAUAUAAAAAAUUUAGAUGAUUCUAUGAAUGAUCAAACUCUUAAAGAAUUAUUUGAACCAUAUGGAACUAUAACAUCAGCAAAAGUUAUGAAAGAUGAUAAGGAUCAAAGUAAAGGAUUUGGUUUUGUUUGCUUUGGAACUCAUGAAGAAGCAAAUAAAGCAGUAACAGAAAUGCAUUUAAAAAUAAUAAAUGGAAAGCCAUUAUAUGUGGGAUUAGCUGAAAAAAGAGAACACAGAUUAUCCAGAUUACAACAAAGAUUUCGUAUGAAUCCAAUAAGGCAUCAUAUUAAUAACUCAUUGAGUUCUCCAAUCCAAUAUCCAAACAAUCAAACACCACAAUUACAAUUUAAUCAAAAUACAUUGAAUUAUGGAAGACCUGUUAUUACAACAUUUAAUCAAAAUAAUUUAAUAUCAUGGAGACAUCAGCAAGCAGCAGCUCAACAACAAGCUGUACAUCAACAAGCUGCUGCACAACAACUUGGAUUUAAUGCAGGUUUAAGAGGCCAAAUAAACCAAAUGAGAUUAUAUACACAAAAUAAUAUGAUGAAUCAUAAUAUUGGCCAAAACAAAGCUAGUCAACAAUUACAUCAUAAUCAACAAUAUUCUAUGGGGCCAAAUCCACAACAUCAACAAACAAAUUUAAAUGCACCAGGGCAAGCCAAUCCUCAGCAAUUACAAGGCACAGCACCAGUUCCAAAUAACCAAUUAUUAAAUAAUAAUAUGAGAAAUAUGAAUAAUCGAGGGAAUCGAAAUCUACCAGGUAUGAAUAUGCAAUCCCCAAAACAAAUGCCUUUAAAUAUGAUAGGAGCAAAACAAACUAAUACUCAGCAAAACCAACCACAAGGACAACCACAAGGACAACCACAAGGACAACCACAAGCUCAACCUCAAGUUCAAUCACAACAAAAAACUGGCCAAUCAAUACAACAACAACCAAUUCCACAAAAUAGUAAUUUUAAAUUUACAUCGCAAGCUAGAAAUCGUAUGGAAUUACCAAAUAAAAAUGCAAAUAAAGUAAAUAAUAUGAAUCCAGGAUAUAACAAUAAUACUACAUUAACUGCUGCAGCAUUAGCAUCUGCCCCACCUUCAAUGCAAAAACAAGUCCUUGGAGAAAAUUUAUUUCCAUUAGUUGCCAAUUACCAUCCAACAUUAGCUGGGAAAAUCACAGGUAUGAUGCUUGAAAUGGAUAAUUCAGAAUUAUUAAUUUUAUUAGAAAAUGAAGAUCAACUUAAAAAGAAAAUUGAUGAAGCUCUUGUAGUUUUGCAAAAUGCCAAAUAA